CUUUGCCCGGAAGCAGUAGCAGUUUCCGCUCGCGAACUCCGUCAGCAAAGAUGGCGAGCGGUGGAGUCUCCGUGGCUUCGCUGUGGACUGAAGUCAACCGCUGUGGACAGAAUGGAGACUAUACCAGAGCCUUGAAAGCCUUGUCGAAAAUUUUGCACGAAAACAAGGAGGAUGUCACCGCCUUGCACUGUAAAAUAGUUUGCCUUGUCCAAAAUGGAACAUUCAAGGAGGCGUUGAAUGUCAUGAACACACACUCGAAGGUCCUUGGCAGUGAGGUUGUGUUUGAGAAAGCCUACUGCGAAUACCGACUGAACCGAGUGGAAAGUUCUCUGAAGACCAUCGAGAGUGCUGCGGAGCAGACGGACAAACUGAAGGAGCUCUAUGCUCAAGUGCUGUACAGGCUUGAGCGCUACGAGGAGUGCAAGAGCGUCUACACUGAUCUGAUCAGAAACUCUCAGGACGAGUAUGAAGAGGAGAGGAAGACCAACCUCGCUGCUGUGGUGGCUGCUAUCAGUCAGUGGGAGAAAAAACCCCAGGAAGAUCUGGGUCUCCCUGACUUGACCUACGAGCUCUGCUACAACGCUGCCUGCUCUCUGAUUGGUCAAGGACAACUGAAGGAGGCUCUCAAUAAACUCAGAAAAGCAGAAGAUCUUUGCAGGGCGUCGCUGGCAGAAGAUACGGACAUCACUGACGAGGACAUCGAGUCCGAGUUGGCUGUCAUCCACUCUCAGAUGGCGUAUGUCAUGCAGCUACAGGGGCGCACAGAUGAGGCGCUGCAACUUUACAACCAGGUCAUCAAGCUCAAGCCGUCAGAUGUUGGGCUGUUAGCGGUGACGGCGAAUAACAUCAUCACAAUCAACAAGGACCAAAACGUCUUUGACUCCAAGAAGAAGGUGAAGCUGACGAGCGCGGAGGGCGUGGAGCACAAGCUGACCAAGAAGCAGCUGCAGGCCAUGGACUUCAACAAAGCUCUGCUGGCCAUGUACACCAACCAGGCUGACCAGUGCAGGAAACUCUCCUCCAGUCUGCAGUCUCAGAACCCUGGCCACCCAAGACCUGUUCUGAUCCAGGUGGCGCAGCUGUGCCGGGAGAAGCAGCACGGCAAGGCCAUCGAGCUGCUGCAGCAAUUUGCAGAAAAACAUCCGGAGAGUGCGGCGGGAAUCAAAAUGACGAUGGCACAACUCUACCUGGUGCAAGGUCACGUGACAAAAGCCUGCGAUGUUCUGAGGUCCAUUGACGAAUUCAAGCACAAGUCUGGCAUGAUCUCAGCUCUAGUAACCAUGUACUCUCAUGAGGAAGACAUAGACGGUGCCAUUGACGUUUUCAAACAAGCCAUCGAUCACUUCCAGUCUGAAAAGCCCGGCUCUGCCGCUCACUUGUCGCUGGUCCGAGAAGCUGCCAACUUCAAGCUGCGUCACGGUCGAAAGAAGGAGGCCAUCAGUGACCUGGAGCAGCUGUGGAAGCGGAACCCGAAGGACGUCCACACGCUGGCGCAACUCAUCUCUGCGUACUCGCUGGUCGACACAGAUAAAGCCAAGUCCCUCAGCAAGCACCUCCCCUCCCCUGACGCCAUGUCUCUGAACAUCAAUGUGGACGAGCUGGAGAACUCCCACGGCGCCACCUACGUCCGGAAGAAGGCAUCGAAGCUGCCGGGAGAAAUCGUCUCCAAAGAACCGGGACAAGCUGAGAUCAAAAAGAAGAGGAAGAAAAAGAAAGGCAAGCUACCGAAGAACUGUGACCCCAAGGCGACCCCUGAUCCUGAGAGGUGGCUGCCUAUGAAGGAGCGCACAUACUACAGAGGGAAGAAGAAGGGGAAGAAGAAGGAUCAGAUUGGGAAGGGAACCCAGGGAGCCACGGCUGGAGCUGGUGCCGAGCUGGACGCGAGCAAGACAGCCACAAGUCCUCCAACAUCCCCCAGACCAGGGUCAGCGACCGGCGCGGCCUCUUCCAGCAACGUGGCGCCUCCGCGGCAACAGAAACCUGCGUCGUCAGGAGCAACUCGCAAGAAGGCACCACAGAAGAAGAAGAAGGGUGGAAAAGGAGGGUGGUAGUGGGAGGAGAGCAGCGACCACAGGGCUCCAAACCUUUUCUGUCUGGUCCACGAGACGCUCAAGCUACGGUCCUCAUCUGUCUCGACGCAUCGAGCCCUCAUCAGCCCAAAUGUUGUUUUGCAAAAGCACUCGUGACCUCAUUUUCUUUUUUAAAGCUCAUCAUGGAGUUGUAUUUCAUAUGACCGUUUUGUUUUUUAAACAGCUGACAGUGAGUGUGUGACCCGUCAGUCCCUGAUUCAUUCACACAUUUUUAUAUUCAUUCAUUCAUCAUGUUUUAGUCAGUUUAGUUUUAAUUCACUCUUUUUCAGUUACAUUUUUAAUGAAAUAUUAGGCUCACGACUGCUUUUGCAAAACAACACUGUUUUUCAGUAUUUAUUUUCAAGUCCCUGUGUUUGUUUGGAAUUAAAGUCUGAUGAAUUCACCUGUCGUUUCUGUUGCUUUGCUCUGCCCGACCUGGAUGCUGCCUGAUGAACGAGUCUGUACUUUUAUACACAGAAAGGAAUAAAUAUUCUCAUGUCCUCCAUG